ACAACAUGACGUACCUAACUCACUCUUUGCUCUUCUUCUUCUCUUGCUUGUCUUUGCUUCUAUGUGUCUCUAAUGCAGGAAGCAGACCUGUCCAUGGUCCAGCUUAUACAAACCCAUCUGCUUUCUCUCCAGAAGCUUACGAUUUCUUUCACCCAAAAUCAUCAAUCCCUGAUCACAACAAUCCACCCGAAAACUCACCUUCUUCGCCAUCGACUUCACCUACACCUUCACCUUCAAAGACAUCAAUCGUAGAAGCAGACUCACAAGGAAGUAAAGUUUCAUCAGACGAACACACAACAAGUGAGAGUCGUCGCAGAGAAGAUGAAGAAGGACGAGGAGAAACCAUUGGAGUAGUGUUAGGCCUUUCUUUCGCAGCGUUUCUCUCAUUGGGUAUCUACUUUGUGAUCAAGAAACGACGUGCUCGUAUGAUCCGUACUAUUGUGACUCACUCUGAUGCUUGAAUUAACGACAACUAUAGUUCUUAAUUUCUUUUCAAGUUCUUUGCCGAUUGCUACUAUAUAACGUUACAAUGUGUCAAAGAAGCUAGAAUUGAGUUUGUUAGUUUGGUUCGAUCGGAUUUGGAUUGAUUCUCAUUUCGAAGAUA